CCAACUGGUGCUAGUGCUGCGUUACAUCGACAGCAAAAUGAACGUGCAGGAACGAUUCUUCGAAUUCAUUCCCCUGCAGUCAUCAACAGCCGUGAACAUUGCCACAGAGCUGAAAGAACGCCUUUCCAUAAUCCUUCCCGAUCAAAAAGAAAAAGAAAAACUCAUCUGCCAAGCCUAUGAUGGAGCGAGCGUAAUGAGAGGUGCCACUGGUGGUGUUCAGAAGCGAAUAAAAGAGGACUACCCAAAUGCGCACUACAUCCACUGCUACGCGCACCAGUUGAACUUGAUCAUGGAACAAGCCACCAGUCACAUUUCUAAAGUAAGGAACUUUUUUUCGGACCUUGGUGGCUUUGCCAGUUUUUUUUCAAGAUCACCAAAGAGGACCAGUGUAUUGGACGAAAUGGUUUCCCGCAGGCUGCCAACUUCCAGCAAGGUCAGGUGGAACUUUCACAGCCGCGCUGUCAACACGGUGUUUGAACACAGAGAGGAUCUCAUCAAAUGUUUCCAUGCCAUACGAGACUCGGGAGACUUCGAUGAAAUCACCGUGAGAGAGGCAGGAGCAUAUGCAAGGAUCCUGGAAGACCCAGACUUCAGGUUCUUCCUGCAACUUUUUCACCAGAUCAUGCCCCUUGUAGACACUCUCUAUGCCAGGCUACAGAAGAGGAGCAUCGACUCAGUGUACAUCAAGAGAUGCAUCCAAAGAUUCCAGGAGGACAUACAGAAGAUCAGAGAUUCUCUCCAUGCCAUGACAGUGGAGCACAGCAGUCUAUCCCUGCAAUCAAGAAAACGUGUGGCUCUCUCUUCAGAGGAUCACCAACGAAUUGCAGCUGAAGUCUGUGAUACCAUACUGGGGCACACCAGAGAGAGGUUCCAGUUCACAGACCAUCUCAUCUGUGCAACCCUCCUGCAGUGCGAUCGGUUUGAAGAUUAUCAAGUGGAUUUUCCAGAGGAGGCUCUUAAAACCACAGUGAAGGCUUACCCUGUCCUUGACAGCAGCAGGCUGAAGACAGAGCUAGAACUCCUCUACAGCAACGAGGAAUUCAGAGCGUGUAGUGGUGCGGUGGACUUCCUCCAAUUCUUUAUGGAGAACAACUUGGGGGAGCUUUUUUCAGAGACGGUAACCCUUUUGAAAAUACUUGUCACCACACCAAUGACGACAGCAGAAGCAGAGAGGUGCUUCUCGACUCUUAAGCGAGUGAAAACAUUCCUGAGAAACACAAUGUCGCAAGAUCGCCUCAACGCACUGGCUACCCUGUCUAUGGAGAGGGCCAUAGUAACAGAGAUGACUGACUUUAACGUUAAAGUCAUUGACACAUUUUCAAAUUUAAAAGAGAGAAGGGCCAAGUUCCUCUACAAGUAGCACUUAAGCAUUUAAGCACUUUUGUGUGUGUGUGUGUGUG